ACCUUUGAAGCAAAGCUAGAGAGUAACAUACCAAACGCCCAGUUAAUUCGAUAAGCGCACCACGCCCAAUUGCUCUAACCGCAGUUACGAUGAAGUUCCCGUUUGUCCCGUAGUGGGCCUAGUAGCCCUCACCACAUGGGCGCACGCCACCAACACAACUGCCUAUGACAUUACAGCAGGAAAUCAUGUCUCCCAUUCACUCCAAUUAAAGCACCUCUGUUCUAAUUAAUCUUUCCGCGUUCUUCACUUAAAUCAAUCAACGAAAUUAAAUUAUUAUUCCUUUAUUACAAUACAAUACCAUAAACUCCCUAACUUCCCACUUGUAAACAAUUUACUUUUUCACUUUCAGACACUCUCUACUUCCAUUCCAUAUCAGCUGCCGUAACAAUCCAUCAGUAUCUAUAUCAACCUACCACCACUCACUAUCUCAUCAGAAAUUUCUCCAUUGAUUUGUUCUUUAGCGUUGACUUAAGUAAAAUAAACUUCAGCUACUUGUUGAUUAUAACAUUGAAGAUUAAAUCGUUGUUUUCCAGUGAUUUUGAGGUUUGAUUUUUUUAGUUUGAAUUAGGUUUUUGAUUUGAUUUGAUUUGAUUUGAAGUUGAAGAUGGAGAGUUUACUAGAUGAAGAGUUUGUGGAAGUGAAAGCAAAGAAUUCGUCUGAAGAAGCACUUCGAAGAUGGCGAAGUGUUUGCUGGUUGGUCAAGAAUCCAAAGCGUCGGUUUCGUUUUACAGCGAAUCUCAAUAAGCGUUCUGAAGCUCAGGCUAUUCGCCGUUCCAAUCAGGAGAAAUUGAGAGUUGCACUGUUAGUCUCACAAGCUGCUCUUCAGUUUAUACAGGGUGUAUCAUACUCUCCACCUGAGGAAGUCAAAUCAGCUGGGUUUGAGAUUUGUGCUGAUGAGUUGGGAUCCAUUGUAGAGUAUCGCAACAAGAAGAAGCUGAAAGAUCAUGGUGGGGUUGAGGGAAUCAUUAAAAAGCUCUCUACCUCUACCGUGAAUGGAAUAUCUAUUGCUGAGGAUCUGGUGAACCAAAGGAAGAAAAUUUAUGGUGUCAAUAGAUUCAUUGAAAGUCCACCUAAGGGUUUCUUAGUUUUUGUGUGGGAAGCUCUUCAAGACAUGACUCUCAUGAUACUUGGAGUUUGUGCAGUUGUUUCUUUGUUGGUUGGCCUGAUAAUGGAAGGUUGGCCAAAGGGAGCCCAUGAUGGGAUUGGAAUCGUGGCUAGCAUUUUGUUAGUUGUAAUUGUAACUGCGACCAGUGAUUAUAGGCAGUCAUUGCAGUUUAAGGAUUUGGACAAAGAGAAAAAGAAAAUAGCAGUUCAGGUUACCAGAGAUGGUUGUAGACAAAAACUAUCAAUAUAUGACCUACUGCCUGGGGAUUUUGUUCAUCUGGCCAUCGGAGAUCAGGUCCCAGCUGAUGGACUUUUCGUUUCAGGAUAUUCUGCUGUAAUUGAUGAAUCAAGUUUGACAGGAGAGAGUGAACCCAUUCAUGUGAACUCAGAGCAUCCUUUUCUUUUAUCAGGGACUAAAGUUCAGGAUGGGUCAUUGAAAAUGCUUGUUACAACUGUUGGCAUGAGAACACAAUGGGGUAAAUUGAUGGCAACUAUCAGUGAAGAAGGUGAUGAUGAAACACCCCUGCAGGUGAAAUUGAAUGGAGUGGCAACUGUUAUUGGAAAAAUUGGCCUCUUUUUCGCUGUAGUUACAUUUGCUGUGAUGGUUCAAGGAUUAUUCAGCCACAAGUUACAAGAUGGUUCUGUGUGGAGUUUGUCUGGUGAUGAGGCCGUUGAGAUUUUAGAAUACUUUGCCAUUGCUGUUACAAUUGUUGUUGUUGCAGUCCCUGAAGGACUACCCUUGGCUGUCACUUUAAGCCUUGCUUUUGCAAUGAAAAAGAUGAUGAAUGACAAGGCUCUUGUGCGAAACCUUGCUGCUUGUGAGACAAUGGGAUCUGCUACUACUAUUUGCAGUGAUAAAACAGGGACACUUACAACUAAUCAUAUGACUGUUGUCAAAGCACACAUGUGUGGGAAAACUUUGGAAGCUAGCAGCUUUAAGGAUUUUCAUACAGUAUCUGAAAUUCCUGAUUUUGCGCGUAAAAUUCUUUUAGAAUCAAUUUUUAACAAUACUGGAGGAGAAGUAGUUAGAGCCAAAGACAACAAAAUUGAGAUCUUAGGAAGUCCCACUGAAACUGCUCUCUUGGAAUUUGGAUUAUUACUUGGUGGGGACUUCAUGACAGAGCGGGAAGCAUCAAAAAUUGUUAAAGUGGAACCAUUCAACUCCUCUAAGAAGAGAAUGGGAGUGAUUUUAGAGAUCCAUAAUGGAGGUCUGAGGGCACACUGUAAGGGUGCCUCGGAGAUUAUUUUGGCUGCAUGUGAUAAUGUUGUUGACUCAAAUGGCGUAAUUGUUCCCCUUGAUAAAUCAUCAGCUGAACAUUUAAAUGCCACAAUUGAAGAGUUUGCUAAUGAAGCUCUUCGCACUUUAUGCCUUGUGUAUCAAGAUUUAGAAGAAAGUUUCUCUGCUGAUGGUUCUAUUCCUGCAAAUGGAUACACCUGCAUCGGUAUAGUAGGCAUCAAAGAUCCAGUCCGUCCUGGUGUCAAGGAAUCUGUUGCAAUCUGCAGAUCAGCAGGAAUUACUGUCCGGAUGGUAACUGGAGACAACAUAAGUACAGCAAAAGCAAUUGCUAGAGAAUGUGGGAUUCUAACCGAAGAUGGAAUAGCUAUUGAAGGUCCCGAGUUUCGUGAGAAGAGCCUGGAAGAAUUGAUUGAACUGAUACCUAAAAUUCAGGUUAUGGCUCGAUCUUCUCCAAUGGAUAAGCACACCCUUGUAAGACAUUUGCGGACCACCCUUGGAGAAGUUGUCGCAGUGACUGGAGAUGGUACAAAUGAUGCUCCUGCCCUUCAUGAAGCAGAUAUAGGCCUUGCUAUGGGAAUCUCUGGAACCGAGGUAGCAAAGGAGAGUGCUGAUGUCAUAAUUUUGGAUGACAAUUUUUCUACAAUUGUAACUGUGGCUAGAUGGGGACGCUCUGUGUAUACGAACAUUCAGAAAUUUGUACAGUUCCAGUUGACAGUCAAUAUUGUUGCCCUUAUUGUCAACUUUUCUUCAGCCUGUUUGACCGGAAGUGCUCCACUUACUGCUGUUCAGCUUUUAUGGGUUAACAUGAUUAUGGACACCCUUGGUGCCCUUGCACUGGCUACUGAGCCUCCCAGUGAUGAGUUGAUGAAGCGGAAACCUGUUGGAAGAAAAGGAAGCAUUAUCAGUAAUGUGAUGUGGAGGAAUAUACUGGGGCAAGCAAUUUAUCAAUUUGUUGUUAUAUGGUUUCUACAGGCUAGAGGAAAGUCAGCUUUUGGACUCAGUGGACUUGGUUCUGAUUUAACAUUGAACACACUUAUUUUCAACUCAUUCGUCUUCUGCCAGGUUUUCAAUGAAAUCAGCUCCAGGGAGAUGGAGAAGAUUAAUGUAUUUGCGGGGAUUCUGAACAACUAUGUAUUUGUGACUGUUCUCACUGCCACAGCUCUUUUUCAAGUUGUAAUUAUUGAGUUCCUUGGUGCAUUUGCAAACACAACUCCACUUACUCCUAGCCAGUGGUUUGUGAGCAUAUUAUUUGGGUUUCUUGGCAUGCCAAUUUCUGCUGCAUUGAAGAUGAUCCCAAUAUGAAACACUUGAUUGGUGCCAGUUGGGGUUGAAGAAGACAAUUUUGUAGAUUACUGCUUCCAGUCCGUCAAGAGCUUCUGCAGCCUCCACUGUCUGACACAAUGAUCUGUGCAGAUUGCAAGUUCCGACUUGGUGAUUGAUUGAACAUCUGAUGAAUAUUUGUGCAUCCUCCCAUUGAUGAGGGUAAUUUUGCAAGUUCUUAAUUCACUCUACUCGCAGAUUACUCCUGUCAAUUCUCGAAAAUGGUGGAAUUUGAUGGCUUGCUGAAUUGAUUGAUAAAAUCUGAGACAUACUGAAAAUUGUUGCGUAUAUUAUUAGAUUUUACUAGGCAACUAGAACAUGUUUACACCAACUGUUUCUUAUGCAUUUAUGAUAGAAAAAUCACCUGCAUAAUCCUUUGAUGACGUGCUGUAGUUUACAUAUUGUGGUCAUUCUAAGGCAAUUUCUAGACCGCAUAUUCAUGUAUCUAUUCUGUGUUGGAUCUAAAAUGCAAUAUAUUCCAGAUCAGAUCCGCAGUUCUUUGUUCUUCUCA